UUGUUUUUCCAGCUAAUAACUAAGUAGCACCUAACUCUUUCCCCCCUCUUCUCCAAUCAGCUAGCUCGUCAAUCGACCACCUGCUUCUUGGAGGAGAUCAAGCGACUUUUGCUAAUUUGAUCUGCUGCUUUUCGCUUUUGGCUGUUUCAGGGUGGAUAAAGAUGCCAGAGCACUCUGAGAAUGCGACAGCGAACAUUAUGGACAGCAUCGUGGACACCAUUGCCGACAACCUUCCCAAGCAGAAGUCAGUCAGAUUUGAAGAGGGUUCAAUCUCUGAUCAAGCUAAGAGGCUCUUCGGUAGUCAGAAUGUCCAUCACAUUUUGGGUGGUGGGAAAUCUGCCGAUGUGUUGCUGUGGAGGAACAAGAAGAUUUCUUCGAGUGUUCUUGCCGUUGCAACGGCUGUCUGGGUCUUCUUCGAGUGGCUUGAUUACCACUUCCUGACGAUUGCGUGCUUUGUUCUUGUUCUUGGCAUGGUCGUCCAGUUCGCCUGGUCCACAUUUGCAGGGAUGCUCAAUGGGUCAUCUUCUAAUGUUCCUCGCGUCGAAUUACCGGACGAGCUGUUUGCGAACAUUGGAGCUGCGAUUGGCACCCAAGUGAACAAGUUCUUGGGCACUAUUCAGGACGUGUCUUGUGGAAGAGACCUGAAGCAAUUUCUCCUGGUGAUCGCUGGUUUCUUUGCAGCUGGUAUGAUUGGGAGCUGGUUCAAUCUCAUCACUGUCGUUUACAUCGGAUUUGUGUGUGCUCACACUCUCCCGGUGCUCUAUGAGAAGAACCAAGAAAAAGUGGACGAGUUCCUGUACAACACCCUUGGCCUGCUUCAAAAUCAGUAUCGGAAACUUGACAAGGGUGUCUUGGCCAAGGUGCCUAAAGGGAUCAUCAAGCUUAAGAAGAGUGAUUAGUUUCACAAUUUCACUAGCUUCUGCUGCUAGUCAUGAUAUCCUUCAUAAUUUGGACAGCUCUUAGCUUCCACUGAACAGUUAAUUCUGUACAGUAGCUGGUGGUAUAUAUUGUAGGCCAAAUUCAUCGGUAGCAGCUUGUCGAUCUCAUGUAUUGUUCAUGAGGGAGAUUGACUAAAAAAAUCGAUUUGUGAUUACCUGCAUAAUUAAUGUUUAAUUUUGGUGGUCUGAACGUAUUUCCACAACACGCUAGCUAUUUCA